CCUGAAGAAAUCUUAAGCCGAGCUUUUCAUUUUCGUUGAGUAAAAAGAAAAGGGAAAAAGAAAGCAAAGAAAAAUGGUGAGAGCUCCUUGCUGUGAUAAGAUGGGAUUGAAAAAGGGUCCAUGGACUCAUGAAGAAGACCAGAUUUUAAUCUCAUAUAUUCAAAAACAUGGCCAUGAAAAUUGGCGUGCCUUACCAAAACAAGCUGGUCUUCUAAGAUGCGGGAAGAGUUGCAGAUUACGAUGGAUAAACUAUUUAAGGCCUGAUAUUAAGAGGGGAAACUUCAGUUUGGAAGAAGAGGAAACUAUCAUUCAACUGCAUGAAAUGUUAGGGAAUAGGUGGUCGGCAAUUGCAGCAAAAUUACCAGGACGAACAGAUAAUGAGAUAAAAAAUGUAUGGCACACUCACUUGAAGAAGAGACUUAAGCAAUACCAGACAAAACCAGACAACACCAAAAAGAACCUAAAAUCCAAAACCAAGAUCAAAUCGGAGCCGUCCACCACAAGCCACUCAGAAUCCGAUGAGGUUCCAUCAUCAUCAAGUGAAGUAGUUUCCUCCAUUAUAGAUGGCAGUGAUCAUAGGGAAGACAACAACAUGGAUACUUGGGAAUGUUUGGUUGAAAUUGAUGAAAGUUUCUGGUCGGAUGCACUGUCAUCGGAUGAGUCUCAAGUUCCUUCAUUACCGACUGAUAAUAUCAUGGAACCAAACUAUACAUUUGGUGAAAACCUUGAUGAUUCAAUGGAGUUUUGGUACGACCUGUUCAUUAAAGCUGGUGGUAGUGAACAAGGUUUCAUCACACAAUUCUAAGGAGAACCACCACAUUGACCCAAAAAAAGAAGCCAAGUCUUUAGAUGAAGAUUUUAGUUCCAUUCAAAGGAGAAAUUAUGUCAUUGGAAGACUUCUGUGGUGUAGAAUAAAAGGAGGAAAGGCAAAAAGGUUGACAUAGGAACAGUUAUAUAUCGGGAUAGAUGAUGCUUCAAAACUUUAAAAAAAAAAAAAGAAAGUUGAAGCUCAUUGCAUAUAGAGAAUGAUGAAAUUAUAAUUUACUAUAUUUUCAUUUUUUAAUUGCUAAUUUAUGUGCUUAAUUAUAAAAAAUUGUUCAUUCAUGGAUUGUACAAUUUAUUACUUGCAAUAUUUAAUUUUGUUUUAUAAAUAGGGUUUUUA